AUGGAACCUACCUCGAAAACCCGUAACUUCACCUACCAUUGCAUGUGGUGUCAGCAACAACUCUUCAACCGGGAUUACCCCAGGGACGAGCAUAUAUCCAGUUGCAUGCAAGAGACAUGUCUCCAAUUAGCAGAGACGAAAACGAACACUCCACGUGGGUCGUCUGAUUUUUCUAGAGGGUUAACUAGCAUUGUUAAUGCCUCUACCCUUGACCGAUCGAUGGCAAUCGACGGCAACGGCGAGGAUGAUGAUAUGUAUGACGACGGCUACCAAGAUGAUGAGUCCAUGCCUUCGCCCGUAUCACCAUCAGAAGACAUGGUACAGAAUGUGGCUCAUCAGUUGUCGGAGCCCGAUCAAGAGCCGUAUCAAAAACCGGCUUUGCUUGAGGUUCCCGCCGAGGAUCAGCAAGAGCAGCCCGACUACGAAUACAGAAGAAGUGUUUUGUCCGGAAACGAGGAAACAAGCACCAAGAUCAUGGCUGCUUUCAUGGCUCCAUAA